UUUUUGGAAAAACCAACUUCAUCAUCCGAUGUGAUUAACCCAUUCAAACGAUUAAAUUAUCUGGAACAAUAUUGUCGAUCUAUGAUUGAAUUUGAUUAUAUGACUCAUCUAACACACCAAGUAAUUACUGUAUAUUUUUGGCUUGCCGUAUUACGACAUUGGUUACUGGUGUUUAUACCAUGGCCAAAAGAAUAUCGUAUAAUGUUUUUCGAUAUUGUCUAUCUACUCAAAAUGGAAUCAACAACUAAUGCCUUGUUUACCUUAUUAUUGUUGGCAAUGAAAGCCAUCGAAAGUACUCAAUAUAAAGAUCCAGAUAAAUAUAGUAUAAAACUUUUAUAUAAGAUCAUUUUCGAAAAUGAUACAUCAUUUUUUCAUCUUCCAAGCACCAAUCAUUGUCGUAAAAUAUAUCGACCGGAUCGAACACCGGAAAAAUUAUGUAAACGAUUCAAACAAUUUACUUGGAUAACUUUUAAAUUGGUACAAGGAUUUCUAUUAUUAAUCGAUAUAAUAACAUUAUUCUGGCAUUGGCAAUUAUAUUAUCUAAUUUGGCAAAAUAGUCAUUUCUUUUUCGAUAAUUGGCUUUUCACUCCAUUCAAAUUAUUAUGUGCCGAAAUAAUGCUGUUAAGUGUAUCUGGUGGAUUUUAUUCAUUGGUCAAUUAUCUUCUCAUUCUUGUUAUGAUGGGCUUUGGUAGUAUUUAUUCAAGUAUUUUACGUCUUCAACAAUUGGAUGAAUAUCUUGAUGACAAUCUAAAAAAUCUUUCAUCGGAUGAUUUACGAAAUUUUAUGGUGGCACAUACUGGUGCCGUCAAUGUUAUAGCUCGAUUUAAUCGCAUUUAUUCUUGGUCUGGCACUGCCUAUCUAUUAUCAAAUAUUCCAUACAAUGUAUUCCUUGUCAUGUCAAUGAUGUUUCAUCAUUCAGAGGAGACAUUACUUGAAAUUCUUAUAUUAUCAUUAAUGGCUCUUCAACAAUUUAUCGGUAUUUUUGGUGUUCAUUUCAUAUUAACUUUGAUACCUAAACGAAUUCACCGUAAAGGUAUAUCAAAACUAAUAUCAUUAAAUGCUCGUGCUCAAUUUCGAUCAGCAUACACUCAUUUGAAAGUCAUAAAUUAUAUUCAAAAAUUUCAUUCGAAAAAUCGUUAUGGAGUUCAUUAUUAUAAACUCAAUUUAGUAACAUUAAACACAUUCAUUAAGUGUCUAAUGCUCUACAAUAAAGGUAUUAUUAUGGUAUAUAAAAUGUUUCGUCGAUCAACAUUAUCACAUAGCUGAUCACAUUAUCGACAGCAAUGUCAAUUUGAAUUGAUCAAUUUGAAUUUCAGAUACCUGUAAUAUGCAUUUGAAAAAGUGAUGGUCAUGAAUUUCAAAUAAAUAAAAAACGCGGUUGAAUUUCUUGAAAUUAUUGUGCAAUUAUGAAUAAACUCAUCUUAAUGAUUAAUCGAUCAAAAUAAAUGUGGAAUUUUUUUGUUUUGUUUUGUUAUUAAGGGUUACCAUAGGUCCGGACAUGUCCAGAAUUUC